AUGGCGCCCCACGUGCCGCCGCCCAUUGAGCGGAGAACGCCGGCCCGCCUCGUCGUCGACUUGUACAGCACGGAGAAGACGAUGCCUGUGUCGCCAUCCUGCAAGUACCCGUUCUGGACUUUCAACGACGGCGUGCCGGGGCCGAUGAUCCGGGCCCGCGUCGGGGACGUGCUCGAGGUGAACUACACGAAUCGGGCCGAGUCGGGCAUGGCGCACAACAUCGACCUGCAUAGCGUGGUGGGCCCAGGCGGCGGGGGCCCGUGCCUGUAUGCGGAGCAGGACGAGACCAAGACAGGCAUUUUCAAGUGCACCUCGCCUGGGCUGUUCGUGUACCACUGCGCGGCUGCGCCUGUGCCGGUCCACAUUGCGAACGGCAUCGCGCGCCGCCUGCCCCGCCGAAGCCCCGGCCUCCCCACCCGCAGCGCUGCGGCGGUGGGCGCCACCCCUACUAGCGGCCUUCCUCCGGUGGACCGAGAAUUCUACGUGGUGCAGCACGAAGUGUACUCCGCCGAGGACGAGGAGGGGUCGAGUGUGCUGGAGCUCGACUACGAGGCGGGGCUGCGGGAGAGUCCGACGUAUGUGGUCUUCAACGGCCGGGAGGGUGCAUUGACCGAGAGGCCGCUGAUGGCGAAGCAGGGCGAGCGCGUGAGGAUCUACUUCGGCAACGCCGGGCCCAACCUGAUCUCGAGCCUCCACGUGAUCGGCGCGAUCUUUGACAAGGCCACGUCGUGCUAG